AUGUCCUCGCCAGACGACCACACUUCGCCCACUUCCCCGGCUCAGACUGCUGCAGAGGCCGCCUUCAACGCCGAGAUGAUCCGCCGCGAACACGACGAAGGCGAGGAGGCGGACUCUAAUGCGCUCGAAGCCAUUCUCUGCGAGAUGGACGAGCUCAAGCGCGACAUGCUCGUCGCCAUGUACCGUGCAGUCACUGGCGCUGAGGACGAGCGCCUCAAAAAGCUCGCAGCUAUGGCUCAGGCGGCUCACGACAAGGAGGACGAGAGGGAGGCGGUCAAGUCGACUUUCACUGCCUUCGGCGACGGCCUGCUCAAGCUUGUCACGCCCUUCUUUGCCUUGCCUGGUUUCUCGCGCUUCGUCACCAUGCCUUCACCCGACACGAACGCUGCUCACAUCAAAAGUGUCGAUCGCUUCGACUUCCAUGCUCUUGCAGCCGAGACCUUCACCAAGGCCGACGUCGACCUCGACGAGCUCGAGGCUGCUCUCAAGGGCGUCCACGACUUCUUCGACCGUCUCAGUGCUUGCAUCGUCGUGACCGCGCAGACUGUCUCCGACGCUUACCAAAAGAACCUCGAUGAAGCGCUCGACAAGGUCGCCCGCCAGGAGAACAAGCUCGAAUUGGAGCGCCGCUACCGCGCCGAGUUCUUCGAGCGUCUCGGCUUCGCCUCGCAGGUUGUCGUCGAGCGCGAGCGCGAGCUCGCUUCGCCAUGA